AUGCAAGCGUCAACUUAUGGUGCACUAAAGGGGAGCAUAGGAUUUGGGGUCCAAAACCAAACAAGGGUAUCGGGUUUUGGUGAAUUGAGAAAUAGAACAAGUACAGUAUCCAGAAAUCUGUGCGUGAUUGAUAGGAGCACUUGCUGCGGUGGAUUGUGCCUCAGUUCUGCGGCUAUGGGAGCCAAGCUUGCAGGUCUCAGAACGGGCUUUGAUGGGAUUUCCAUGUCCACGUUAAAAGCCAGAUCGGUCCAGGCUCGGGCUUCUGAUGGCGAUCUUGAGAAUCUUGUUCCCUCCAAGCCUCAGGGGAAGUCUUCUGGAACAGUUUUGCCAUUUGUUGGUGUUGCUUGUCUUGGAGCCAUUUUAUUUGGUUAUCAUCUGGGGGUGGUAAAUGGUGCUCUUGAGUACCUAUCCAAGGAUCUUGGCAUUGCUGAAAAUGCUGUAUUACAAGGGUGGGUGGUUAGUGCGCUUCUAGCCGGUGCCACAGUUGGAUCAUUUACUGGUGGAGCGUUGGCUGAUAAGUUUGGCAGAACUAGGACUUUUCAAUUAGAUGUCAUUCCUCUAGCAAUUGGAGCAUUUUUAUGUGCCACAUCCCAGAGUGUGCAAACAAUGAUAGUUGGCCGCUUACUUGCUGGCAUUGGAAUUGGUAUCACAUCUGCUAUUGUCCCACUUUAUAUAUCUGAGAUCUCUCCAACUGAAAUUCGUGGUGCGCUUGGAUCUGUAAACCAGCUUUUAUAUGUAUUGGGAUUCUUGGAGCGCUGGUGGCUGGAUUACCUUUAG